UCUACGAUGAGUCUCUAUGUUCUCGUGUAGUUUAUUGCAAUCACAAUCGAAAUGGCUGAAGAAGAGGUCGAGCAAACUUCAGGAAUCCUUCAGGAGAUUUUCACUUCGCCUCUUAACAUCAGUUUGCUAUGUCUUUGCUUGUUCCUGUUGUACAAAAUCGUUCGCGGAGACAAGCCCGCAGACUUUGGCCCUGUUGAAGAGCCAUUGCCUAAACUCAAGAAACGGGAUUUCACUUUACCAGAACUGCUGGAGUUUGAUGGGACGAAAAACCCCAGAAUCCUGAUGGCUAUCAACGGGAAAGUGUUUGAUGUUACAAGAGGAAAGAAGUUCUACGGUCCAGAGGGCCCUUAUGGGGUCUUUGCAGGCAGGGAUGCCUCCAGAGGGUUAGCCACAUUCUGUUUGGAAAAGGAGGCCUUGAAAGACACCCACGAUGAUCUUUCAGAUCUCAAUGCCAUGCAGCAGGAAAGCCUGAGCGAGUGGGAGACCCAGUUCAUGCAGAAGUAUGAUUAUGUUGGCAAGCUUCUUAAACCCAGAGAAGAACCAACAGAGUACACAGAUGAUGAGGAAGUCAAAGACAAAAAGAAGGAUUAGAAGGCUGGAUCCAAACCUAGAUGUUUCCAUGUAUGCGUAGUUUUUUGCAGUCACACUUGCUGAUGUUUUGUCUGAGCCUCCACGUCAUUUCAUACGCAUUGCCAUGACCUUAAUUAGCAUUUAUUCUUGUGUUUAUCCAUAAAACUUCAUAUCACUGUCUAUGUAUCCACUGUGACUGUGACUUGUGUCAUUUAUAGUUAUUCUAAGGUAAUUUAUGUGCUUCAGAAAUGAUGUACUUCUGAGCUUCUUGGUAAUAUAGGCAAUGAGACAAUUUCUCUCACUUUUUAUAUCUGAAGGUUUAAACCAAUAAUAUUAAGAGACCCUGCAAAAAAUAUUUUUUGAAUUUUUAGAGUAUUAGACAAUAUGUAGGGAAGGAGAUUUUCUAGUUUUUCUUAUCCAUGCUAAACGAUUUAGGGAGGGAAUCAGUCAUUAACGCAUCACAUACUAGUCUUAAUAUCUGCUCAGAAGAGUUUAAGAUUAAAGACAUAACAUUCCAUGAUAUUGUGUUUUUGAUUUACCAAUACAAGUAUUUCUCUGUUCAUAAUGUUCCUUAUUAAAAAAUGAGUUAUUUGCA